AUGCGGGAUAAUGGCGAGGUGGAUGUGCUGGAGGACGUGAUGGAGGAGGAGCAGGAUGAACUGGUCCCCAACCCGUUCUACCCGGCCCCCGUGGUCGCCCCGGCCGAUGCGACCGUCGAGACAGAGGAGGAGGCCGUGCUGGCAGCUGAAGCAGACGAAGCCGAUGAGGAGGCUGUACCUCCUAAGUCCGACUCGAGCGAGACCGUCAUGGCAGCCGCGCUCGCGGCACCCUCCGCUCUCCCCGAGCCUUCCCCGGCGGAUCUGUGCGCGCUGCGCCGUCAGCUGGCCGGCAGUGAGACGGCGGCGGCGCUGCUGGCGCGGGUGCGGGCGCGCGGAAAGGCGCAGGGGGGCGCGCGCACGGGGUUCAGCGUCGUGGACGAGCACCGGGGAGUGGCGGAGGGGGGCAGCGGGGGAGUGACGGAGGUGGUGGGCGGCAGCGGUAGCGGCAAGACGGAAGUGCUUAUGAGGGUGAGGGGCGAGAGGGUGUGA